GAUGAUCGUGAGAGGUAAAAGAAAAUCAAAUUUAGAAUUGGGAAGGUGGUGGCGGUGGGUUGGGCGAGAGGUUGAUUUCUCUCGUUGCAAUUUAAGAAAUGAAUAAUGUUGCUUCUAAUCAACUUGAUCGACUUCCAAGCCAAAACAGAGGAUCGCGUCGGGUGGCGUUCUCUGAAUCCCUUCCUAGACACCGAGCGGCAUCCGGCGAAGGUAAUUCUAGGCAUCGAAGCAAAUGUUGUCCCCGUUUAUUUGCAUGUUGCGCAUGGAUAUGUCUUGUGGUGUUUGGAAUUGUUCUCGCCGUUCUUAUCCUUGGCGUAAUAUUCAUGUCCUUCCUUCAAUCAGGAUUGCCACAAAUCACCGUAAAAAUGUUGAACUUGUCCAAAUUUGAGACUAAUAACUCCACAAAUCAGAAUAAUGUUCUGUUAAAUGCAAAAGUAGAUGUGUCAAUCGAGAUGAGGAAUAAGAAUGACAAAAUAGAGUUGAGUUACAGCAAUAUUGUGGUGAAUUUGGCGUCAGAUGACGUGAAAUUGGGCAGGAGCGUGAUUCCCGGUUUCACUCAUAAGCCUGGAAAUACCACAUACUUUAACGUAACCAUGAAUGUCGUGGGAGCUUCUACAGAUAAAGACAAUGUAUCGCAACUAGAAGAUGAUCGAAAAAGGGUACAAAUGAAUGUGCAGGUGACAAUGGAGUCUACAGUUGGUUUUCAUAUUGGAAUAUUCAACUUGAACGACGUGCCAAUCCAUGUAGCAUGUGAUUUUAAACAAUUCCUUCUUUUGUAUCGAAUAAACGAGCCCCCAUGUAAUAUUAGAAUGUUUCCCACCCUCAGGUAAAACAACACAACAAUUGUCUCAGCUAGACCAUUUCUCAUCUUCAUUAAAUCAAUCUCUUAACUUUGCUUUCUUUACCGCGUUUAAUCAACAUUUUAUGAGAUUUUUAUACCCUUUAUUCUUCAUCUAUACACAUUUAUGGAUAGU